GCCCUCCCCUCCCCUAGAUCCUGCUGCUGCGUUUUCCCGCUUCACCAGCAGCCUCGGCCACCGCAGCAGCAGCAGCAGCAACAGCAGCAGCAACGGUAGCAGUAGUCUGCAUCACAGUCGCUUUCUCCUUCUCCAGCGCGCUCCUCAGUCCCUGGUCACCAUGCCUAACAUCGUGCUCUUCAGCGGCAGUUCUCACCAGGACCUGUCGCAGCGUGUGGCCGAUCGCCUGGGCCUGGAGCUGGGCAAGGUGGUCACCAAGAAGUUUAGCAACCAGGAGACCAGUGUCGAGAUCGGUGAAAGUGUGAGAGGGGAAGACGUCUACAUCAUCCAGAGUGGCUGCGGGGAGAUUAAUGACAACCUGAUGGAGCUACUUAUCAUGAUCAAUGCGUGCAAGAUUGCAUCCUCAUCCAGGGUAACAGCUGUGAUACCCUGCUUCCCCUACGCCCGGCAAGAUAAAAAGGACAAGGUAGGCGAGAGUCGUGCUCCAAUUUCUGCUAAACUUGUGGCCAAUAUGCUGUCAGUUGCUGGGGCUGAUCACAUCAUUACCAUGGACCUGCAUGCCUCUCAGAUCCAGGGAUUCUUUGAUAUUCCUGUGGAUAAUUUAUAUGCAGAACCUGCAGUUCUUCAGUGGAUUCGGGAGAACAUCACUGAAUGGAGAAACUGUAUUAUUGUUUCUCCAGAUGCUGGAGGAGCCAAAAGGGUUACAUCAAUUGCAGACAGACUGAAUGUGGAAUUUGCUUUGAUUCACAAAGAGAGAAAGAAAGCAAAUGAAGUGGACCGGAUGGUUCUCGUGGGUGAUGUGAAGGACCGUGUGGCCAUCCUGGUAGAUGACAUGGCGGACACAUGUGGUACCAUUUGCCAUGCUGCAGAUAAGUUACUCUCAGCUGGUGCCACCAAAGUUUAUGCUAUUCUUACCCAUGGAAUCUUCUCUGGGCCAGCUAUUUCCAGAAUAAAUAAUGCUGCCUUUGAAGCUGUUGUUGUCACCAACACAAUUCCACAAGAGGACAAAAUGAAACACUGCUCCAAAAUUCAGGUGAUUGACAUUUCAAUGAUCCUAGCUGAAGCCAUUCGAAGAACCCACAAUGGGGAAUCCGUGUCCUAUCUGUUCAGCCAUGUCCCACUGUAGUCUGGAUUGGAAUAUUGAAGAUGGAGCAAGCCUCCUGCAACUUCUUACUGUCUUUGUCUGCCUGCUGUUUUAGCGUUAGGACUCUGCAAUUCUAGGAUGAUCUCUGGCAAAAGCAUCUGGUCUAUGUCCACUCUGAGAGUCCGCUGUCUCUCCUUCUAAAGCUCAAGACUACUGCUUUCCAGUUCUGGGGGAGGGCAAAGGAAGGUGGUGCUUAUUUGGUUGUUAAUUGAACUGGUGUCAUUGAGAACUAAUCUUUUCCCUCGUUCUUUUUUAGUACUUUGAGGUAACAACUUUUAAGCCUAAAAUCCCAUUGUGGAAAUUUGUCAUACAUACAUUUUGAAGAUGCCAAAGGUGAUUUCAAAUGAAAGCCUUCUGUGUAAAUAUAUAAUAAUGCCUGUGGAUAUUUGAGGGGAAAUCCUAAAUAACCUUUACUUCAAAGAGAACCUUGGAAGAUUUAUACUAUCAUGAAUUUUGAAAUUUUGGUUUUUUUUUUUUUCUUAAAAAUAACUGGGUUUAUUUUAUUGCCCUUUAUCAGGACUGAAUUUUAUUGGGCCUAAGAUAGCCACUGACAUACUGACUUUUCUUAGUAGAUAUUAGACAUAUUAAAGACAAUAUAAGGCUGUAUCAUUUUUUAAUUGCCACUUUGAAGAUAUGUCAUAAAUGACAACUUACCUGAAACUCCCAAAUUAUGAUCAGUGAUCACUGUGAUUUGACCACCAUUUCAGGCUGUAGUCAAUGAGUUUGUGGUCACGUUGAUGCACAACUUUGUCUAUCCCAGGGGAAUUUCUCUUUAGAAUGUAGCUCAUGUCCUAUCACCUUAUUCUCAGAUGUUAGCAAUAGCCUUUACUUUCCAUAUUCCCCAAUAGUUUCUUGUUGUAGAUGUCCACCAAAAGAAAGACUCCUUGAAACCCCCUCACAUAUUUUAGAUUGAUUAUUAUUUUAUUUUUUCACAUACAUAAAAUGGGGAGGAUUUAAGAGUGUCACCAAAUACACUUAUUCAAACAGAGCUUAAUGAGCUUGAGUUAAAUGUUCUUUGGCCCUGUGUCAUCAGAACUUCACCUCUAAUGACUAGUUAGAAUCUCUAAAGCUGCUAAAAUGUAGACAGGAGAGGGUUGCAAAAACAGUGGAUGCGAAAGUAUAUAGCUGUUCCAUUAAAAUAAACUUCAAAGAAAUGCUUCAGAAAGCAUUGUGAAGAAGAAUCUCAUUAUGGGUGGCAUUCUUGAUAAAAUGAUCUUUUAGUGAAGUGUGGAGGUCUGUGCCCAUAAUCCCAGCACUUUAAAACUAAUGCAGGAAGAGUACUACAAGUUUAAGGCCAGCGUAGGCUACACAGUGCGUUCCAGCUCAUCUUGGCCUGUAGAGCUGAGACUGUGUCAUAAAACACAAACAAACAAAAGGCAGUUCCUUAUAGCAUCAGUAAGUGGACAACCUAUCCUUUUCCUUCUCACAAAGAAGAGGAUUUGCCUGUGUACCUAAAGCUUAGGAAUGCUUAAAAAAAAAUUCCCCCCUUGCUGAGUAUUGUAGAUAAAUUCCCAGCCCUAAAUUCUGCAGGUAGGAAAUUCCUAUCCAUCUAAGUAGCACACUCAACCAGCACUCUGGAACAUCAGAGGAGCAGAAGUCAAAUCAAUGUUACAAAGUAUAAUUUAUGUUCCUAUAGAGACUGGCAUUUUGAUAAUACUGUAUUUGUAACUGUUCUGAAGCAAGUGGUUCCUAUAACCUGGGAUGCUCAGCUCUGUGGUACAGUCUGUCUCAGGCAUGGUUAGACAUGUGUCAAAACUUGUUUGAGAUGAUGCAGCUGUUACUUCUGAUAAUGUGCGAUGUCUUAAUUUCUUGGGUUUUAUGGCUGUGCUGAAGACAUUCUUGUGCAUACCCACAUGGAGAUAGCUCAGUGUGUGUGUGUGUGUGUGUGUGUGUGUGUGUGUGUGUGUGUGUGUGUGUGUACACAUGUCCCAAAGCAUUGGCAUGACAAAAGCCAGUUGGUAAUCAUUUUAUCUAAGAUAUUUAAAGCUUAAUGUGUAUCAUGGAUCUUAAAAUAAUAAUCUUCAGUUUUAAAACCCUGUCAUAAAAAUCUGCCUGACUGUCUCUGAAUUUGAGAACCAAUGGUUUCUGUCCUUACUAGACCUGAGUUAGUAUUUUAAAGUAUCUCUGAAUAUAUUUGUGAACAAAUUAGACUGGACUGGGCCUUAUACAGUGGAAAUAUGGUUUUAAGUAUUGAUGGUUUCAGUUUGGCUAAAAUGACGAAGGCUGCCUCAUGAGCAGUCUUAUUUCAGAACUUUCUUGUUCCUUGCUGCUUGUGGUAAAGAAACAUAAUGGAAAUCACCAAAUAGAUCAGCUCUGUCCAACUCUAUGAAAGGAGAGCAUGUUAGUCAUAUCUACCCAAAAAGGGGAGCCAGGAAAUAGUGAAUAUACCAAAGUUGUUUAUCCUCCACAUAAUUUUAUUAGUUAACUGAUAGAUGUUCAUAUGCUAACUUUCCUUUGUUAGAUACAAUGUCGACUAAAUUCAGGACAUUUCUUGCAGCGCUUGCCCUGGUUUUAGAGACUAGAUUAUUUUGAGAUCCGGUGCCAUUUACUAAGAAAUUUCAAUAAAAUCAUGCUGACUACUUUCUUUCAUA